AUGGCGCGAGAGCAAGUCAAGAUAAUCAAAGGACGCGAGGACAGGCACAGCACCUACUCCUCCUCGAACGGCAGCAGAGACGCAAGCCCGACAUACAGCAAGCCCACCAAAGUUGUUGUGCAUAACAAGCAAGGCCCUGUAGACAAGGACGAGCCUUCCACUCGUGAUAUUGGGUAUGGGAGUGUGAGGCGAUGA